CGAGUCGCUCUUCAGGACAGAUGAUUGUGUGUGUGAGCGCAGUCACUCACUCUCACCGUUCAGCUCAUUAAACAUGUAACGUGCUGCGCAGAACACGAGAUGUUUUACUUCAUAUUUGUAUUAUUUUUCCGUCAAAAGAGCGCCCGUUUGGAUCAUUUCAGCUUUAUAAUGGCAGAAUAGACGCCGGGAGGGACGCUCUGUGUGUGUGUCUGUCUGCUGCAUAAGCCGAUAAAGAAAAGGAAAAUCAGCUAUAUUUAUCCUCUGUGUCCUGACCGGGAACAUGUCUUCGGGACAGGAUGAGAGCUCAGUGCGCGUGGCUGUCAGGAUUCGUCCACAGUUGGCAAAGGAAAAGAUAGAGGGAUGUCACAUCUGCACAUUCGUGACCCCUGGGGAGCCCCAGGUCGUCCUAGGAAAAGACAAGGCCUUUACGUUUGACUAUGUUUUUGACAUGGACUCGCAGCAGGAGAGUGUCUACAGCAACUGCACCGAGAAACUCAUCGAAGGCUGUUUUGAAGGAUAUAAUGCCACUAUCUUCGCCUAUGGACAGACUGGUUCGGGAAAGACGUACACCAUGGGCACGGGCUUUGACGUGAACAUCGUGACGGAUGAGGAGUUGGGAAUUAUACCACGGGCGAUCGCCCACCUCUUCAGGGGUAUCGAGGAGCGCAGACAGGCCGCCACAGAACAAGGGCGACCCGUACCCGAGUUUAAGAUCAACGCCCAGUUCUUAGAGUUGUACAAUGAGGAGGUGCUGGACCUGUUCGAUUCGACUCGAGAUGCUGAGGCCCGCAAGCAGAAAUCCCACAUUAAGAUCCAUGAAGAUGCCAAUGGAGGAAUUUACACAGUGGGAGUCACAACACGAACCGUUAGCUCAGAAGCAGAGAUGCUGCAGUGUCUCAAAUUGGGCGCUCUGUCCCGCACCACCGCCAGCACUCAGAUGAAUGUCCAGAGCUCACGCUCCCAUGCCAUCUUCACCAUCCACCUGUGCCAAGUUCGCGUCUGUGCCUCAGACAAUGACACCGAGAGCGAUAACAGACUGGUGAAUGGCUCCACAGAGAUGAAUGAGUUUGAGACGCUAACGGCUAAGUUUCACUUUGUGGAUUUAGCCGGCUCUGAGCGACUGAAGAGAACAGGGGCCACAGGGGACCGGGCCAAAGAGGGCAUCUCUAUCAACUGUGGACUGUUAGCUCUGGGCAAUGUGAUCAGCGCUCUGGGUGACAGGAGCAAACGCUCCUCACAUGUGCCUUACCGAGACUCCAAACUCACUCGCCUGCUUCAAGAUUCCCUGGGAGGAAACAGUCAGACGACGAUGAUCGCCUGCAUCAGUCCGUCAGACAGAGACUUCAUGGAGACCCUGAACACGCUGAAAUAUGCCAACCGCGCUCGCAACAUCAAGAACAAAGUGAUGGUGAACCAGGACCGGGCCAGUCAACAGAUCAGCGCUCUGAGAACAGAGAUCGCCCGUCUGCAAAUCGAGCUCAUGGAGUACAAGACGGGCAAGCGUAUGGUUGGCGAGGAUGGACUGGAAAGCAUCAAUGACAUGGUGCAUGAGAACUCCAUGCUGCAGACAGAAAACAAUAACCUGCGUGUACGAGUGAAGGCAAUGCAGGAAACCAUCGACGCCCAGAGAGCCAGACUCACCCAGCUACUGAGCGACCAGGCCAACCAGACCCUCGCCAGAGCAGGUGAAGGAAGUGAAGAGAUCGGAAACAUGAUCCACAAUUAUAUCAAAGAGAUUGAGGAGCUCAGGGCAAAGCUAUUGGAGAGUGAAGCUGUGAAUGAAAACCUGCGGAAGAACCUGUCCCGCGCCUCCACCCGCUCCUCAUUUUACGCCGGCCCGACUUCCAUUACCCCCGGCCACCUUGCACCUGAAAAAGAUGCCGCAGACAUCAUAGAAAUCGCAAAGAAAGACCUGCAGAAACUGAAGAAAAAGGAGAAGAAGAAAAAGAAGAGACUUCAGCAGAUGGAUGAAGGUGCUCAUGAAGAUCUUGAGAACGCCAGUGUCAUAAAGGAGGAGGGGCCAGAUAACGAGCAGGAUAAAGAGGCCUCCGAGAGAGCCAAUGAAGAGCCAGAAAUGGAUGGGAGUGAUCAUGAUGAAGGUGAGGAAGCCGAGGGUGAGGAAGAGGAGGAUGAGAUGGAAGUGGAUAGCUCUGAUGAGUCUGACUCUGAGCUGGAGGAAAAAGAGGACUUCCAGGCAGAUCUGGCCAACAUUACAUGUGAGAUCGCCAUCAAACAGCGGCUGAUCGAUGAACUGGAGAACAGUCAGAGACGUCUGCACACGCUCAAACAACAGUAUGAGCAGAAACUCAUGAUGUUGCAGAGCAAAAUCAGGGACACACAGCUGGAGAGAGACCGCGUACUGCAUAACAUGGGCUCAGUGGAGACAUGUACGGAGGAGAAAGCAAAGAAGAUUAAAUCGGAAUACGAGAAGAAGCUAAACUCCAUGAAUAAGGAGUUGCAGAAACUGCAGUCGGCACAGAAGGAGCACGCACGCCUGCUGAAGAACCAAUCACAGUACGAGAAACAGCUAAGGAAACUACAGCAGGAAGUGACUGAGAUGAAGAAAACCAAGGUUGGUCUGAUGAAACAGAUGAAGGAGCAACAGGAGAGGAACCGAGUCACAGAGACCCGCCGCAACCGAGAGAUCGCCACACUUAAGAAGGACCAGCGCAAACAGGAGCACCAACUGAGGCAGCUUGAGGCUCAAAAGAGGCAGCAGGAGCUUGUUUUACGCAGGAGGGCAGAGGAGAUAUCUGCCCUGAGACGCCAAGUGCGACCAGCAUCAGGCAAGGUUAACCGCAAGAUCAGUUUACCAGAGCCUUUGCAGGAGUCUUCACCCCGUGCGACUCCCAUCCGACCACAAACCACCGGGGCCAUGACUUAUAACGGGACGAGAAGGUACCAGAUGAGAACAGGAGGAGUGUACUUUACCAGAACAGCACGGGCCAAAUGGCAGUCGCUAGAGCGUCACAUUAGUGACAUAAUCAUGCAGAGGAUGACCAUCUCCAACAUGGAGACCGAAAUGAUCCGCCUACUUAAGCAACGUGAGGAGCUGACCAAACGCAGAGAGAAGGUGACGAAAAAGAGGGACAAGAUCGCCAGCGAGGACACGGACGCCGACAGGACCGUCGUCUCUCUUAAUGAAGAGAUGGAGUCGCUGACCGCCAACAUCGACUACAUCAACGACAGCAUCGCCGACUGCCAGGCCAACAUCAUGCAGAUGGAAGAGGCCAAGGAGGAGGGAGAUACAGUGGACGUCUCUGCUGUGAUCAGCUCGUGCACGCUAUCAGAGGCCCGUGUCCUGCUCGACCACUUCCUGUCAAUGGCCAUCAAUAAGGGCUUUCAAGCCGCACAGAAGGAGUCUCAGAUCAAAGUGAUGGAGGGCCGUUUGAAACAGACGGAGAUAAACAGCGCCACACAGAACCAGCUGCUCUUCCACAUGCUCAAGGAGAAAGCCGAGCUCAACCCUGAGCUGGACGCCCUGCUCGGGAACGCUCUUCAAGAACUAGGUAACGUGCCAUCGGAAAACGGUGAUGAAAGCAGCAGUGAUGAAUCAGCACAGAGUCCUGCCACAGAGAAAAGUUGUUUGGCUUCAGAUCUCAUGAAACUUUGCGGAGACACAAAAGUCAGAAAUAAGGCUCGCAGAAGAACUACCACCCAAAUGGAGCUGUUGUACGCCAACACUGGUGACCCUGAUGCCCCUCCAGAGGAUUUCUCUGCCGCUCUACUUCCUGUAGUGGAGAAUCCUGAGGGAAAUAAAGAACCGGCCCCUGUUCCCCACUUAGGGGACAGAGACUCAAUGGCCUUAUCCUCUAGCUUAGCAUUAAAGACAAAUGCUGUCUCCAGUGCCAGAUCUCCCACGGCUACAGAAAAGAAGCUUGUGGACCGCUCGCCUCUCACCCGCAGAAGAGUUCAGGACAGGAGCCAGAACCCUGCAGACAAAACCAGAACCCUGGACAAACCAGGUGCGGUAAGCCCAGUUCAAGCGUCCCGCUCCAGCCGAGCAUCCAGACUGCAGUGUGUGCACGUGGCCGAGGGUCAUACCAAACCCUUGCUGUGUGUGGACUCAACUGAUGAUCUGCUCUUCACCGGCUCAAAGGAUCGCACAUGUAAGGUGUGGAACCUGGUAACGGGUCAGGAAAUCAUGUCUCUUGGAGAUCAUCCCAGCAGUGUAGUGUCGGUCCGAUACUGUUCCAGCCUGGUCUUCACCGUCUCCACUGCUUAUGUCAAAGUAUGGGACAUCCGUGACUCUGCCAAAUGCAUUCGCACCCUCACUUCUUCUGGACAAGUGUCCCAAGGUGACACGUGUGGGAGUAGUUCUGUUGCCAUUCCACCAGGAGAAAAUCAGAUCAAUCAGAUCGCCCUCAAUCCUUCCGGCACAUUCCUUUAUGCUGCUUCAGGCAACACGGUCAGGAUGUGGGACUUGAGAAGGUUUGUAUCUACUGGGAAACUGACGGGACAUCUGGGGCCGGUAAUUUGUCUUGCGGUAGACCAGAUGGGGAAGGGUCAAGAUGUGGUCAUAACAGGCUCAAAAGAUCACACCGUUAAGAUGUUUGAAGUGGUGGAAGGCACUCAGGGCAGUAUCAGCGCCGCACAUCAUUUCGACCCUGCCCAUAAGGAUGGGCUGGAGGCUUUGGCCAUGCAUGGGGAUUCACUUUUUACUGCUGCCAGAGACUCCUGCAUAAAAAAAUGGGACCUAGCCAGCAAACACAUACAAGGGCAGGUAGAACGGGCUCAUUCGGAUCUGCUGAGCUCUCUGGCGGUGGUUCCUGGCUCCAGUGCUGUUGUGAGCGGCUGCAAGGGCGGACUGCUCAAAUUCUGGCACACAGACACGCUCAGAGCUCUGGGAGAAAUAAGGGGUCAUGACAGCUCUAUCAAUGACAUCUGCACAAACAGCAAUCAGCUCUUUACCGCCUCAGAUGACCGGACAGUGAAGAUCUGGCAAGUGAAAGGAUCUUUAGAGGACGGCCUUUACUGACUCAGUAAAAGCACCUCUGAUGAGAACAGAAGGUUACUGUGAAAGUUUUGGCUUUCCCGCAGGAAUUUCCUUUACCAACGUGACACUUCUUUCCUGAAACUCUGCUUCCAUUCCCGUUUGGCAGUGACUCGGUGGAGAGCGUCCUGUUGUGACUGCUGUAUAUUUCCUCAUCUACAGUGUUGAAGUGCCCUGUUUAGCUGUUGUUGACCAUAAUGGGGGAUAAUGUAGGUCAAUAAGUGUUUGUUCAUGUGGCACAUUCCUAAAGCUGGGCUUUGGGCAUCACAGGCUGCCAUACGAGCAGUGCGUUUAAGAAGCACAUGUGUUUGUGAACGUCAUGUUGACUGGACUUAACCGAUAUUCUUUUAAAUUAUUCAUUAAUAUUGAUGUCAGCUCUUUCCAAUGUUUGUUGACCAAAGUUAGACUCUUUUGUGCGAAUCUUUCCAUCUUCAACACGUCACCCGUCUCAAUGCAAUCAUACAGUAGUCUUAACUGCACUGGAAUGGUGCAAUGAUAUUUGCACCGCUAUCUCUUGUCUACUUUGUGUUUUAUCUUUUUCUAUAAAGCCUGGACUGUUUCUUUUUCAAUUUUCUGGUUGAAACCUUUUAGUACGCUGUACAAAAAUAUUUCCUCUGAUGUACUGUAGUUAUUAUCAAUGUCAGAUGGCAAGUGAAAAUAAACUACAUCUGUCAAAAUCCCA